CUCCCUCCCCGCCCGGCCGCCAUAGGCGCCCCGGAAGGGCCCGGCGUUGCCAUAACGCCGCCGCCGGGAGGGCUCAAGAUGGCGGGGCCGGAGCCGGGCGGCUCGUUCCGGCGCUGCCUGGCGCGGCUGGGCGCCCUCCGCCUUCAGCCCGGCUCCGAGCUGCCCGCGGGCGGCCGCCGCACCGAGCUGCACCUGCUGUUCGACCAGCUCAUCUCCGAGAGCUGCGGGCCCGCCGCGGCGCCGGGGCCCAGCCCGCAGGAUGUUUGUGCUUUGCUUGUCCAAGCCUGCCAGCUGGUUCAUCUCGAUCAGGCGCAUCUCGUCAGCAAAGUCUGCCAGCUUAUCUAUCACUUACUUAACAGAUUUCAGGUGACAUUUGAUGAACAGAACUUGAAUUUUCUUCUCUCCUACUGCAUCUCUGCUCUUAAGCAGUGCAGCUCUUGGACGCAUGUAGAAAUCCUGCAAGCUUUAGCAGCUCUUGUUUACAAUAACGGACCUAAAUGCCAGAAGUAUCUCCCGGAUUUGCUGGGCAAGACGGGACUCCUGGUGCAGUUCAGUGAUUCUGCUCAGCCCAACACGGAGCUCAGGACGGCAGCACUACACAGCAUGGCAAACCUGUGUCUCAGUGUGCCUGGACAGCCAUACUUGGAUGAGUCCUACCGAAGUGUCUGUUUUCAAACUUUUCUAAGUGUUCUGCAGUCUUCAAAAACCUCUGAUGUAGAUGACAUCACCUUUUGUGUGUUGCUACAAAAUGCGCUGAAAGGUAUCCAGUCGCUUCUAAAUGGUGGGAAGAUGAAACUAAUGCAAGCUGACCAGCUUGGAUCUCUUCUUGCAGUAUUAAAGAAGUGUAUGUUUCACGGCCUGCCAGGACUGAGCAUAGAGGUGCCUGCAGCCUUGUACCCAGCCCCGUUACCUCAGUACGACAAAAGGUCGCCUGUCAAGCAGGAGCAGCCAGAGCCGGCCGCCUCGAAGGCGACAGGGAACCGAAGAAAAAAGUCCAAAGGGAAACAAAAGAAAGGAGAGUUUGCAGAAGAAGGAAGAGAAGAUUUGUGUGACACAGGAAAGGAAUCGAUCCGUGGAGUUGACAUGCUGAAACUGCGCUUGGGGGAUGCACAGAACAGUAGUCAUUCAGAUCCUAAGACUCUUGCAUCAGAUGCUGCAUAUGUGCCUGCUGGAAAGGAUCACUUAUCUUCACAUUGUACUAGCUGGAAGAGAAUCAGCAGCAGUGAGUCAGAAUAUUCUGAUGCUGAAGGUGGAAUACAGAGCAAAACGAGGUCUUAUCAAGCCAAAGUUCGUCAAGGGGCUCUAGCCUGUUUCCUCUCUACUAUCAAAUCGAUAGAAAAAAGAGUUCUUUAUGGCUACUGGUCAGCGUUUGUUCCUGAUGCACCUGGCAUUGGCAGCCCCCAGUCAGUGUCCCUGAUGACUAUUGCUUUAAAGGACCCUUCUCCAAAGACACGUGCCUGUUCUCUUCAAGUUCUCUCAGCCAUUCUGGAAGGUUCGAAGCAGUUUCUUUCUGUGGCUGAAGAUGCUAAUGAUCACAAGAGAGCUUUUACACCCUUCUCUGUAACUAUUGCUUCUAGCAUCCGGGAGCUGCACCGCUGCCUGCUGCUGGCCCUGGUGGCAGAAUCGUCUUUUCAAACGCUAACGCAAAUCAUCAAGUGCCUUGCAAAUUUGGUUUCAAAUGCACCAUACAGCCGUUUAAAUCCUGGGUUGCUGACAAGAGUCUGGAACCAGAUAAAGCCAUACAUUUGUCAUAAAGAUGUUAACGUUCGAGUUUCUAGCCUCACGCUAUUAGGGGCUGUAGUAUCUGCCCAAGCACCUUUACCAGAGGUGCAGUUACUUUUGCAACAGCCCAGUUCUUCAGGGCUAAACAGUAGUGGUAGUGGAACCCCUCAUCGUUUUAAUUCUUCUGAGCAGUGGAGAAAAGCCCUCCCCUUGGAAGGGGAGUCUCCAGAUAAUCCAGUGGGAUGUAUGUGUUCAGAACCAUGCUGGCUUAUUCGUCUCUGUAUUUCCAUCGUUGUUCUGCCCAGAGAGGAUUCCUGUUCUGACAGCGAUGCUAACUUUCCAUCUGGGAGCGUUUAUGAACCCUCUCCUGUUCGACUGGAAUCCUUGCAGGUAUUGGCUCUUCUUGUGAAAGGGUAUUUCUCUAUGGCUCAGACCUAUUUGCUAGAACUUGGAGAAGUGGCUUGCAAAUGCAUGGAAGAAGUGGAUCCAUCCAUUCAGCUUCAUGGAGCCAAACUUCUGGAGGAGCUGGGCACAGGUAUAGUACAGCAAUACAAACCUGAUUCAGCUGUUGCCCCUGAUCAGAGAGUACCGGUCAGCAUGGUUGUCACUUUCUGGACUAUGAUGUUAAAUGGCCCUUUACCUGGUGCUCUGCAGAAUUCUCAACAUGCAACUCUUCAGACGAGUGCCUGUGAUGCUCUGUCCUCCAUCUUGCCAGAAGCUUUUGGCAGUCUGCAGAAUGACCAGCAGGUCCUGUGCAUCACUCUGCUGCUCGGCCUGAACCACAGUGAGACCCCACUGGUAAAAGCUGCUGCUGCACGUGCCCUUGGAGUCUACAUCCUCUUCUCUUGCCUUCGUCAGGAUGUGAUGUUUGUGGCAGACACAGCAAAUGCUAUUCUGAAUUCCCUCCAUGACAAGUCUCCGAAUGUCCGUGCCAAAGCAGCCUGGUCCCUGGGCAAUCUUACAGACACUCUGAUUGUCAACAUGGAAACAAUGGGACAGAGUUUUCAAGAGGAAUUUUCUGAUCUCCUCCUGUUGAAAAUGUUACGGUCUGCGACUGAAGCAUCCAAGGACAAAGACAAGGUAAAGAGCAAUGCAGUCCGGGCCCUUGGGAAUCUGCUUCAUUUUCUUCAACCGUAUCAUGUGGCAAACCCCAGAUUUAGGGAAGCCAUCGAGGAAUCUCUUCAGGCCCUCAUUUCUACUGUUCUGAGUGAGGCCACCAUGAAGGUGCGCUGGAAUGCUUGUUACGCGCUGGGGAAUGUGUUUAAGAACACUGCCUUGCCACUGGGAGAGGCUCCUUGGACCACACAAGCAUAUAAUGCGCUUUCCUCAGUAGUGAAGUCAUGCAAGAAUUUUAAAAUCCGAAUCAAAUCAGCCAUGGCCCUCUCCAUCCCUAGCAAGAGGGAAUGCUAUGGACCCACUGAGCAGUUCUGCCAGAUCUGGGAUGCCUUGGUGGAAGCCUUGCAGAAAAGUGAAGACACUGAGGACUUUCUGGAAUUCAAGUACAGUGCCAGCCUCAGAACACAGAUCUGCCAGGCUCUGCUUCACUUAUUAAGUCUGGCAAAGAGCACGGACCUGCCAUUAAUUUGGAAAACCAUAGCAGAAAAUGGGGAUGCAAUCAGAUCCUAUGUCUUGCAAUAUAUGAAAUCUGGAGUUGAAGAAAAUGAAGCAGGAACGCACACAGACUUGUGCGAGGGAGAGAGAAAGUUAAAAGGAGCUAUUGAACAUCUCAAUGGGAUAGAGAAACAGGUGGAGGGCAAAGCUGGCGUAAGAGUGUGUGUUUACCUAGAAGGUAUCUUGACGAACCAUGCCAAUGCCACUGAGUUAACAAAGACCUAAGCAGGAACACCUGUUUCAGUGGCCAGUAACUUGCACAUCUGAUUGCACACAGAGAAGAAACACACUGCUUGGAAUGGUGCAGGUCAUCCAAAAGAGAAGAUUCCUGUUGUUGCUGUUAAACAGUUUGUUUUGAACUUUAUUCAUUCAUAACACCUCAUAAAACAUUUUUUUUUUAAUUUUUGUUUUGAAUGAACUCUUGAAAUCAUCCUCACUUGGUUUUGUUUGUACCUGUUAUGAUGUUACCACUGGGGAAACAAAUGUCCUUUCUUUGUAUGUUUUAUAAAAACAGCCUCUUCUAUGA